AUGCCCUCCUACGGCUUCGACGUGCUGGCCCGGCGCGUCAGAAACAUCCAGCAGGCGCCGCGGGCCGUGCUUGUCAGCCCGCACCUGCUCGGCACGGCGUUUGUGUUUGCCUUUGCCGGGUUCCCGGCCGUCUGGAUCGUCCCCGCCGCCGCCAUGGCCGUCGUCGUGGCCGCCAGCUUCGCGUGCUGCGAGUCGCCCAGGUGGCUCAUGAUGGUCGACCGCUACGACGACGCGCUGGCCGCGCUCGUGCGCCUGCGCGGCCUGCCGGCCGACCACCCGCGCGUCCGGUCCGAGAUCACGGCCACCCAGGACGCCGUGCGCGCCGCCCACGUGGACGCGACGAGCGAGCGGGCGCGCGUCGGCGCCAACCUGCGGCGCGUCCAGCAGUGCCUCGUGUCCUAUCUGCUGGCCCAGCUGUCCGGCGCCAGCCAGAUCACGUCGUACCUCGUGCCCAUCAUGACGCUCAUGGGCGUCGCCGGCUCGACCGAGGACAAGCUGCGCCUCAGCGGCCUCUACGGCGUGGCCAAGCUGGCGUCCGUGCUGCUGGCGUCCUUUUGCCUCGUCGACACGCUCGGCCGCCGCCACUCGCUGUUCCUCGGCAUCGCCCUGCAGAUCGUCUCCGACGUCUACAUCGGCGUCUACCUCAGGUACAGCCAGGCCGGCCCCGUGCCGCGCGCCGCGUCGCAGGCCGCCCUGGGGUUUCUGUACAUCCACGGCUUCGGCUACUGCAUCGGCCUGUUUUUGCUGCCCUACGUCUUUGGCGCCGAGCUGUGGCCCGACCACCUGCGCACGUUUGGCGGCGCGCUCGGCCAGACGUUCCACUGGCUUUUUAUUUAUGCCAUGAACUACGGCCUGCCGUCGCUGCUCGCCGAGACGCACAACUGGGGCGCGUUCCUCUUCUUCGCGGCCUGCUGCGCCGUCGCGCUCGUCUACGUCUUCUUCAUGGUGCCCGAGACGUCCGAGCUGUCGACCGACGAGAUCGACCGCCUGUUCCAGGGCCCGUGGUUCCAGGCGUACAAGACGAGCCGGCUGAUUCUCGACGGCGUCGACAGCGUCGACGGCGCCCGUGGCGUGGAGGGCGAGGAGGGCGAGGAGAAGCUGGAGGUGGGACGUUGA